AUGGACCCCCUACGAUAUCUGGCCCCUCCGCGGCCAUUCAAGGACAUCUCGCAAGCCUCUAGCAAAGAAACCAAGGAGCGCAUCGCCUUCGUGGACGCCCUGCUGACGCACCCACACUGCAACGUCACGGAGGCCGAGCACGAGGCGCUCGUCACGUACCGCGAAGCAUGCGAGAUCCUUGCUGAGGGCGACAGCUCCGAAGCGGGCAAAAAGUCCCUGCAGGAGACCAUCUCAGGGUACGAGGCUAAGCUCCUGCCUCAGACCGACGGCACCGAGUCGGCUAAGCUCUCUUUCGACCUCGCCACCAAGACUAAGAUGGGCGAGGAAGUCGACAACCUCUGGAACAUGUGGAACUUCACCCGCUACGAGAAGUAUCUUCCGCCGCAGGCGCUCGCGGGCAAGGAGAAAACCGAGGGCCCUGGGUCUGCGAACACCGCGGACCCGUGGCACCGGGCGUUCUGGAAGCCGUUCCAGGGUCGACUGGAGGCGGAGAGCGAUGCCUAUGCGCGCGUGCUGAACGGCGAGAAUGCGCACAACGAGUGCCCGACGUAUUUGCUGCUGGCGCUGCUCACGGAGCGACACACCCUGGACUGGGAUGAGACGCUGGCGUUGAUCAAGGCGUGUGCCAACGGUCAGGCGGGAGAGACGGUUGAGAUUCCUGGGUCCGAUAUCGUGGAGUUGAUCCGCGCGCGCGAUACUUCGAGCUUGGCGAAGCGACUGGACCACGACGAGGCGAGCAUCUCGCUGUCGGCGGAGUACGUGAUGGGCGUGCCGGCGAUGGUGUUGGCUUUUUUCGGGACGCAUCUGCCCGAGGCCUUUUUUGACACGGACGACUUCGAUGCCGAGCAGUGGAAGCCGAAGCAGCGGCUGCAGGACCUGAUGCAGUUGUCUGAGGGGCAGGAAGAGGCGGUCAAGGCGUUAAUGAGUGAGAUGUACGAUGCGAUGCUGGACGACGAGUCGGGCGACGAUUUCGACGAUGAGGAGUGGGCGGAUGAGGAUGAUGGCGAAGAUGAUCUGCUGGACGAGGCGGCGUUCAGUGAUGAUGGAUCGGAGGAGGACUAUUGA